AGGGACCUUAUGGAAGGCAGAGCGCGUGCUGUCGUGACGUAACGCCGGUCGUGGCGGACGCUCUUGACAACCGCGCGUGUGCGUGUGGAGCUCGGGAUCCGAUCACAGCCAAACCCACGGACCACCGCCGUCCACGACGCGCGCGUUAGUCGACGAUGAACGCCGCGUGCGCCGCCACCUGCCUGCUCGUCGCCGUCUGCAGCUACUACCUCUACGGCAGCGACGUGUUGUCAUCGCUGCUCCGUGUCCCCGUUGCAGAACCGUCCAUGCCCGAGCCGGGAGCUGCUCCGCGGCGCAGCCCGCAGGGAGUCCCCUACGCCGAGCUGCCGCACAUCGUCAACGCCGACGGACUGCACCUGUUCUGCCGCUACUGGGAGCCCGGCAGCCCGCCAAGGGCCCUGGUGUUCAUUUCCCAUGGGGCGGGGGAGCACAGUGGGCCGUAUGAGGAGAUCGCCCGGCGGCUGAAGGACCUGUCUCUGCUGGCGUUCGCACACGACCACGUCGGCCACGGUCAGAGUGAAGGAGACCGGAUGAACAUCAAAGACUUCCAGAUCUACAUCAGAGACGUGCUGCAGCAUAUUGACAUGAUGAAGUCCCGCCACCCAAACCUGCCCGUUUUCAUCGUGGGCCACUCCAUGGGCGGCGCCAUAUCCAUCCUGACUGCCUGCGAGAGGCCCAGUGACUUUGCCGGAGUGGUUCUGAUCGGUCCCAUGGUCCAGAUGAACCCAGAUUCAGCAACGCCAUUCAAGGUUUUCAUGGCGAAGGUUCUGAACCACAUGGUGCCCAGCCUCACUCUGGGCGCCAUCGACUCCAAGUGGAUUUCGCGCGAUAAGUCACAGGUGGAGGCGUAUGAUGCUGAUGAGUUGAUCUAUCACGGCGGGAUGCGCGUGUCGUUCGCCAUGCAGCUGAUGGGAGCCGUGAACCGCAUCGAGAGGGAGCUCCCGACCAUUUCCUGGCCGUUCCUGCUCCUGCACGGUGGCGACGACAAGCUCUGUGACAUCAGGGGCUCUCAGACGAUGUACGAGAAGGCCUCGACAGCCGACAAGAAAAUCAAGGUGUAUGAGGGAGCCUACCACGCCCUUCACCACGAACUCCCAGAGGUGGUGCAGUCCGUGUUAAAGGAGGUGACGACCUGGAUCACGGGGCGCCUGCCAGCUUCGACGCUGCCACAGCAAGGCUUGUAGACUGGUACAUCACGGUCGUGGCUCUGAGGCAACCUCGUCCCAAGAAGCCUGCUCACGUUCCACUAAUCUGCAGGCGUAACAACACAUUGCACUCUUUAGUCAGAGAUAUUACUUCCUCAGAUUAAACGUUUACUAACUUUAUCCUCUGGGCAUAUACAGGAGAAUCUUACAAUCUCCUAUGGACCAAUCAAUCACCCCACCGUUUUAAACUGAAUAAUUUGGGUCAGAAACAUGUUAUAGAUGCCCAGCACAAAUCAGUGUCACUUGGAAAUCUGCUGUCAGGGAUGUGUCCCAAUUAUUUUGGCCUGCAGGCUUAUAACCGUUACAUCAUCCCCACUAGACCUCACCCAAGUGCAGCUCCAAUGCAGUACAGUCUAAGCGACAAGAUGCUGGGCUUCGAAGUGCAAUAAUGCAGUCUGCAUCUCAUACUGUGCGCAUGCAGGCCAGUGAUGUAACACAAUAUUGACCCGCACGGGGACAUUUACCUUUUUGGUUCAUUUUCAGGGAAGCGAGGCCAGAGAGGUCAGAAUGAGUGACGCAUGCGUUUUCAUUCCUCUAAAUCCUACCUGCAAUAAGAUCACACAUCCUCAGAAGCAGUGUGAAAUCAAAAACCAUAUCAAUUAUGGAAGCCUAUAUUUUUGGUAGCUGUUAAUUAUAAGCUAGACACUGAGCCCAACAUUUUAUAUUGUCAAGAGGGCUUUAAUUAGCAGGUCCUGCUACUUCACUACCUACAUUUUUAUCUACUUCCUAGUCAGGAGUUGCCAGUGUCCGCCCUCCCUCAAGGCCAGUAGUGGUAUUAGCAGUGUGUUACAGCUCGUGCAUCACAUCAUCUGUCCGUUCAGGGUGCAGCUAGUGGUCACACACUCAACUUUCUCAUUAGCUUUUUUCCUUUUCUCAGUGUCCUUAGUGCAGGGAAGCAUCCAGGGUGACCGCUAUGUAACCACAGCAGCAGUCUGGCAGGAAUGGUGAUUUAUCAUUUAAAUUUACACAUGUAGUAACCAAGGUGAUCGCAUCAAGGUUGAUGGAGAAUGAGCUGAAUUUCUGGCUGUGACACAGCUGCAUAACCCCUUGCCCACUGCUCUCUCCCUCUCUCCCACUCUCUCUCUCUCUCUCUCUCUGGCUCACUCUUUGUGAUCCCUUUAGUUGACAUGACCAGUGCUCUUUGUUCUGCCCAUCACAGACCCCCUUGUUAUACUACAGAGUCAAACAUCUUGCAGUGUCUUCCACCACCGCUGCCCCUAGUGGUGAAGCAUCAAAACAGGAAAACACUGAAAAGCUGAUAUUUUGUAGUCUUAAAUCAGAGAAGCUCUGUCAACAUAUUUAAGCAUGAAUGUGCUGUGGUAUUUUUAUUCGUAGUGCUCCGUUUUCUCAGGCAUCACAACUUUUUAUCUAGCAUCUGUUCCAUCAUUAUGGGUGCAGACAGAGAUGGAGACGCAUUAAUCAGCCCCAGUUGGAGUCAGACCCUUAACCUCAACAGGAACUGCGUGAAAUUAUAUCACAGGGCACUUCAGAGACAAUCUACUUCUGAUUGGGCCGCAGCAGGCACAGCACUGGCACACAGAGCUUGCACAAUCACACUAGCAUUCAAACCUGUAACAUCACAUUCAGCCUCGCAGGAGAGUUGAUAAUGUGUGUACUUUUAUACCUGUCAGACCACACGAAUGCACGGCACUGCGGUAGUUGGAUGUGGAGGCAAAGCGGGAAGGAGGAGAGAGGGGGAAGCUGUCAGUAACCAAGGCAGCGGCUUAAAAUCAACCAGAGAAAAUGUGUGUUCAUUAGUGGUGCAGGAUGUACAGCAGAUACCGCUACGCUCUCGGCGGCGCUCGGAGGAUUCCCUUUUGUGUGAGCAUUGCGAUAAGAGCGCAAUUAGCGUCAUCAGUUCACAAUGAAUAAUAAGAGCUGUAAGAUUUUUCUAUCAAUUUAUUUGCUUGAUUCAGAAAGUGUUGGAGGAGUGAAGAUAUGGAAGUAGGCACCACUUUCUCUUUUUAGAUUAAAUAGAUUUUAUACCCUCUUGUUUUAACGGUAUAUAACUUGACACAGUCUUUACUGCAAAGCCAUGAAACCCUUUCCCUAACCAGGCUAAUGUUCUCCUACUUACAAUACUACAAAUAAUACUCAUACCAUUAUAGAUGCAUAUGCAGGUUUGCCAUAGCGAGAGACACCCUUUGGUAAUAUGUAAUAAUUCACUCGACUGUUAAUAUUUUUUUAUUUAGGACAGAGGUUCUAUAUAGGUUAAGGGAGAGGAAUAAUGAGGUCAUUGCUGAAUCAAACUGGGAUGCAGGUUUUGUAAUGAAGCUGAAAUUUACUUCACCUGUGCUUGUAUUUCUUUUUAUAUAUAUAUAUUUUAUUCUUGACUUUAUGACUGUUUCUAAGGAAAGAGCUGUUAUAUGUACAUUAGGGGACCAAGGGUCAGAGGCCAGUCUUUUUUUGGUUUAAUGAGAUUCAAGUGCUCUACAGUAGCGUGAAGUCUGCAUGAAUAAAGUCCAGAGUCUUUGCGGGCUCAGGCAGCAACAAAAGAGCAGAAACUUUUCAAGACGCAGUAAAUGCAUGAAGAAUAAUGUAACUACUCUUUAUAUCUGUAAAAAGAGUGAUCGCCUCCUGCACGAACAGAAGUUUUACAAAUUACAUUUUGCAACAAAACACAAUCUAAAUCCUGAGGUUCUUUUUAAUAAAUGUUUAUUGAUAUGAUGCAUUUGAUUGCUUAAUUACUGAACACAAUUGUAAUACACUGUAUAAUAAAUUAGCAACAAAACUUGACGAAAAUACAACAAUCUUUUAUUUAUCUCAUCCAGAGUAUUUAUAGGAAUUAAUUUUAUGUAUAUAUGCUAUAUAUUGAUUACACAUCAUUACGAGGCACUUUUUAUACUAUAAAAAGAUUACAAAAUUUGUUGAUGCUCAGCCGCAUGAAGCUUCAUAACACUCGAAGACUGGCUCAGUGUUCAAUCCCAAAAAUAUCCAACACUGUAUCUGAUAUGAUUGUGCAUAGAGAGUAUUUUACUACUGUUUGUUUAAGUCUGUGUUGUGUUGAAAGAGUUUAAAUCCUGAGGAAGUUUGUCACAUGAAUAUCUAAAACAUCUGGUAUUAAAUAUUUCUGUUUUCUAACAAAUUCUUAGGGACCAGGGAUUCAGUGCUAAAUUGGGGAAAAAUCAUGUACUUCCUCUUCAAUUUGUUUAGGAAGGUUCACUUAUAAUAUCUGAAAUAAUUAUGAAUUAUAAAACCUAGGUAGCUUCCUUCUAUCACAAAACCUUCUGUUCUUUGUCUGAUACAAGAUUAUUCAUUUAGCUAAGAAUUCCACACAAUUGAAGGAAGUAGACAUAUGUGUUGUAUAUUGUUUGUUUCCUGUUUCCGGGUCAUGGUCUCAACAUUGUUUGUGCCUUAUUAUUAUGACAAACGUGUGUCUUGGUGUUUUCUAGUAGUUUGUUACCACAGGUUCCUGUUCAGUUAUUGUACUUGACUACUUGUCUUCCUCUGUCUCUUUGCAUUUAUAUCUCUGUCUUUCUGGAUUUCUGCCCAGUCAUAGGAUAUAAGCAGAUGUGGUUCAAAGUCAGCUUCUGAAUAUUUCAGUAUAGAGUGACACAUAUCUUUGUUUUUAAUUUGCAUAACAGCACCUGUGAGCAACAAGUUACAUGGAAUAUGUUGAUAUGUAUGCAUUUGUUUUGCUUGGUUUGUUGUAAUGGCAGAAUGAUUGUGUAACAUUAACCUUUUCCACAUCCGGUUUGCCCAGAAAAGAAUGGAGAAUUUACAAUAUAAUUAUAAUAAUGAAAAGAUUUAUACUCAACAGCACCAGGUGUGACUUUUUACUGUAUGUGUUUAUUCAGACAGUUUGAAACGUGCAAGCUCAUUAUUGUUGCUGUUUGGACAUGGUGACAUACAUGUUGUAAUUUUAACAGUACAUUAUCAACUGGGCAGAAGAGUUGAAUGUUAUAAACGGAUGAUACAAAUUUAAAUAACUGUUUUUGACACACUCUAAAAGUACUGUACUGUUAUGUACUGUAUUCAGUCUUGGGUUUUAAACUAUAGGCUACAUCAAUACAAAUAAAUAGCGACACAGCGUUUGGUUGGCAAUGCUAACUGGCUUAGAAGCCUUUAAAUAAAUUGCAGUAUAAGGGUUUUUAGAUUUUUCAUGUUGUAAUGUAGAAUCCAAGAAGGUGAGGUGCUAGAAAAAGCAAUAGUCGUCCCAUCAAGAGAAACUUUAUCAGCGCAAUGAAAUAAAGCUUUUUGUUAUUACACUGAGGAAUAAUGAUAAAUCACUAUUGUGAACAUACUCUGAUGUAAAUUGUCACAUCAUUUAAAGGGAGGCGAUAAUGGACCAUAUAAUGUUAAUGCUGUGGCAUUAUGUACUUAAGUCUUCCCUGUAAAGUUAAAUGAGUGGCGCUGUAAACGUAUGGUCAUAUGCUGAUACUCAAUCGCUAAGGGACAAAAGGUUGAUUUUCAACAAUGUGCAUCUUUUAUUUGCUAAAUAUAGAGUAUGCAAAAAAAAAAUUAUUUUAGUCAAAUCCAAAUUUUAAAAAUGAUCUGUCUCAUUGGUACUUAAUAUAAUAUGUAUCAGCAUUAGACAGUUUAUUUCACGAGUGAAAGAAUGUUGUAAACAAACUGUACAUACAGUCAAAUGUAAUAAUUGAUUUCAGAAUCACUAAAUCAAGUACUUGUAACUAGAAUGUUCAUAAUGUCCAUACAGAAUAAACUAUAAGACUGUUUAACUGCA